AUGAGUGCAGGCCCGGUAGUGCGUGUUGGUCCAAAACGAUACAGUAUUAUCCAGCCCCAAGCCGUCAAAACAAUCUACGACAUCAGUGGGAAAUGCGCGAAAUCCAGUUAUUACGAUGGACAAGGCAAUGGUGAUGAUCUCUUCACGAUGAGGGACAACAUUGAGCACCGUGAUCGACGCAGAAAAGUCGCGUCUCUAUACUCUAUGUCGGCUAUGGUAUCUUAUGAAGAUGCCAUCGAUAGGAUGACGACACUGUGCAUGAGAAAGCUGGAUGAGUUUGCAAAAGAGAAGCGGCUCAUUGCCAUACCCAAUUUCAUGCAGUUCUAUGCCUGGGAUGUUAUUGGCGAGAUCACAGAAUGUAACCCCCUGGAGCAUGAAGGCCACGAGUAA